AGAUGAUGGCCCUACAAUCAGGCAGACGCACACCUAGACCACCAGAAAGACACUUUGCUUUUGCAAGUAUUCUACAGCAUCAAUUCAUGUUACCACUGUGAUAUUCUCUCUUGAUUUCCUUCAUUUCGCUGUCCUUUAUCUUCAAGGUUCUGUUCAUCUCUUCCAUCCGAUCUCUUUGGUCUUGUCGCUUCCACCGCAAUACCAAUUGACCAACUCGAGCAUUCCAGCCUUCCUGGUCGACAAGGCUUCUCCUCGAGUGAUACUCAUAAUCAAUCAGAGUGACAGAAUCCCCCAAAAUCUUCAGACAUACAUUUUAUCAUAGAAUUUACAAGUCGUACAGGCGCCUUGAGCGCCUUUGCUCCCCAAGAGAACACCUCAUAGUCCAGCAGCAUGGCCCACCAAAACGAGGUGUCUACAGGGGUAUCUUCCGACCCAGAGCUAGAGAGGGCUAUCAAUCUAUCUCUGCUUGAUCAACCCAGAACAAGACCACAAGCCGAUGGCAUCUUCGACAAAUUCUCAAACCCUUCGCCAAGUCUUCUCAUGAGCCUCAAUAAUGAAUUUUCCCCCAUCGUCGAUCCUCUCGGGGAUACAGCCAUAUACAUUGGUGUACCCGAACAAGAGCCUGGUCAGAGCGAAUCGCAAUACCAACGGAUCAUUAAGCACUUCGAUGUUGUACAUGUCGUCCACUCCAGCCUCUUAUUAGCCAUGCCGGAGACCUCGAGGUUUACCCACAACGAUCUCCUCGGCCCAUCCUCAAUACGUUCAGAAAGACGCCUGAGGAAGCUCGGUGUUCUUGACCGUCUAGAGGCGGAGCGUGGUGGACGAAAGUUUAAGUACUACAUUGAUUUGCGCCCGCCUACAGAGGAUGACGCAGCUGUAGAGGCGAUCACGAAAUUGAAUUGUACACGUGGCAUUUUGACCUGGCAUUUAUUGCAGAAGAAGUAUGACCUGUCUGAAUUACAGGUCUGUGGUCAUGAUAGUAUCCAAGAGGCCGCCUUUUCAGGGGCGACUGCGGAGGCAGCGACAGAACCAGAAACAGAGGCGAACGAUACCUCUGCGAAUCAAGAUCAUGAGGGAAAUGAUAUCACGCAGACUGACGAGCCUGGUCCAAAGAUUGGUGAAAGCUACACUCGCCUACGGCAUUACGCCGCCCUUGAACGUCUGCUUCACGCCAUCUGCGAUAAUGACCCCAAACUCGAUUCUGCUCCGAAAGUAUGGACUUUCUUCGCUGCGGCACAAUGUUUUGGCUGUGCCGAGCACCACCGUAUCGCAGGCUGGAUUACCACUUGGAUCUUCAAUUAUAACAAUGCCAAUUUCAUACAGAACAAUCCUGAGGUGGCUUAUCGAAUAGGCAUGGGCAUCAAAUCUCCCGAUCUUGUCCGAGAUUCUUUCUCAAUCUUGGUUGGGGAACGGGCUUUGCUCUAUGCUGCCGAUAAGCUGAAGCAAAACCCAACACCACGGAACUUCGUACGAAGCGUUCAUGGGCGAGAAUUUGAGGAACUUGACGACGAUGAGUCGAGUCGUAUCAGUGCCGCAGCAUUGGCGCUGAUCGAACGAGUCACCAAUGAUCUUGGCUCGCUAUGUCGAGACUUCUCCUGGCUUGAAGGCAGUAGAGAAUAUGCGAAAUUGAACGCAAUUGUCGCAGAGACCGUCGAAGAAGAAAAUGCUUUGCUAGAAGCCAAAUCCUUCCUUGAGGAUUAUGUCAGAACCGUCUUCAUCUGUUGCCUCUGUCUGGAGUACCGCAAGUCUCCAGGGCUGGAGAAGUCAAUGACACAAAAGGCUGUGUACAACUCCUGUUCGCCAUCUGAACGGAUGCUCACCAAGACUUUUUGGGUAUUAUUGUCGGAAAGUGAUCAUUUCUGCCACAUAGUCAUGGGUCCUGAAAUGCUUGUUUCCGAGAAGCCUGAAGCCACCCGCUUCAAGAAAGCGUUCGAUGCUCUUGGGCUGGACCGACCAAUAUGCCCUACAGCCAACUUGACUGGUUCUACUCUCCUCGACAUGAUCGACGCGGUGAACCGAUUUUGGCUUCAACGCUCCGACAUCACUACCCACAAAGGGAAAGAGGUGGCUCACGGUUCAUUUGAGCAUGGAUUCGGCAAAGGUUUUCCAACCGCUGAAAACUCGUCUUUACAGAAUUUUACCUUUGAAAGUCCGAAGUCCGAAUCCAGCAACUACGCACAUCCAGCUGAUCACAAUGGGUCACCAUCGAAGCGCCGUAAGACCUCAAACUUCUACGAAUCCAUCGUACCGCCAUCCUCCCCCGUCGAUGGCGAUACUUUUGGCGAUUACGCAAGCGGAACUCGGACAGACUGGGUACAGGACAAGGGGCGUGGUCAAACCGGAAGUAGUGGUGGCAUACUUCGUGGCAUACUGCACGGCAUCCCCGAUAUUGUCUUCAGACCAAAACGAGUCUCCCAGGACGAAGUUACGUCUGAUGCCAAUCCACUCCGCCAGACUCAAUUUACGGGAACAGAAUGCGAACCGCCACAGAAUUCCGGUCAACCCACACCAGCAACCGCCUUGCGCGUGGUCAAUCCCGACCAACCGGACAUCUUCCAGUUCGAUCUUCAGGAUGAACCCACGGGCAGCCGAGCCGCAGGGGGCCGACCGUCGUCCACCACGGCCGUGGCGAGCGUAUCGAGGGGUUGGCAACAUCAUUGGUCCACCGCUGCCCGCCCAGGACGCCUGUUUCCAUCCCGCCUGAGCCCCGGCGUCUGCAUCGACCGUGGCGACUUGACUCCUUGCGCCGUGGCGUUGUUUGACGAGGUGACCAUGAGCCUCGACGGUAGCGAGGUCCAAAAUGCCCUGCGCGACAGAGCCCACAUGUCCGUCAAACCCAGAGUGAUGUUGACCGAGAUCCACGAGCAAAUCAACAAACUCUCCCAUGACAGAAUCAGGCCGGCCCACCUGCUGCACCAUGGCAUCGAGCUCAGCACGAAUCUCUUCGACACCCUCGCGUGCCUGGGUCCGAACGAGUUUCGAUUCCUCCCGAUCUGGUGCCCGGACGGCAACGACGACGGGACGGGAGGAGUCUUCGACGACCGUCCGCUGAUGAAUGCGGAUCCGGCAGUGUCGUUCCCACCCGGUCAGAUUUCCAGACGAGGACACGUGGGGGCCGACGACGACUCCGAGGACGGCAGCAGAAGUUCCUUUGAAGACGUCGCGAGCGAGGCCAUCAGCACGGUCGGCAAGGCCAGUAGGCACGCGACCGAUGGUUCCUACACCGACACGGUCCAGAGUCUAGGUGACGAUGUCAAUGAUGCCGGCGAGUCUGCUGAUCCCAAUCCAAAUUCACUUUCGGGUGUCGGUUUAACCACACGUGCACGAACCCGCGCCGCCUCCGCCGCCACCACCACCACCACUACCUUCACAGCGGUCGAAGGGUUGACACGACAAGUCGCCGCCCUCCUCGAUGACGAUAAUGAUGAAUACAACAACGAUGGUAAUAUUUACGACAUGAAUGACGAUGACGACGACGAUGACGAUGGUGUACAACUUGGAUCCGAUUUCGACGACGACGACGACGACGAUGCAGACACCGUCACUGGAGGUUCUGAAACCAAUGAUCAUGACCAUGAGCAAGAACAAGAGCAAGAUCAAAACGAACGCUCUUUUGAAGAGGCAGGAUCAGAUUUUGAGAUACUCUAGCCACCGACUACAAAAACAUACAGUACAUUCCGUUUCGAUAAUCACACCCUCACCAAUUUUUUCUUUCUUUCUUUUCUUUGGCCUCGUUGAAGGGAAAAAAACCAUCAUUUAAUGUAUAACUUUUGAGCAUCCUCCUCCGGGGGUUCUAGAAUCAAAAGAUUCGAUCGUUUAUCCAAAGCGAUCAGCAUCAAGCAUCAAUCGAGGGUGGCCGGCUUUUUGAAAACUUGCUAUAUUUAUUUAUUUUUGAAACUUGUGCUACGGAGUUCAGGCUGAAUACUCCCGUAUAACUCGGU